UCUUGUUUAAACGUUGUGGGCAAUACACUUGUUUGUUUAAUCAUAAAACGAUAUCUUCGCACAAAGUAUGAGAAAACGUUCUUUACUGAUAUGUUUCUUCCUUGUCCGAGUGUUUCUGAGUUUGACUUUUGAUCAUUUAUUAUUUGGAUUUUUCAUCUCUAAAUACAGAAAUCCCAUAAAUUAUUUACUUCUGAAUCUGGCCAUAUCUGAUAUCCUAUUCGCAUUGUUCAUCGCACCAAAGAUUAUCGUCAGCUUCAACAUGAGUCACCCGGACGGAUUGGCAGGUGUGGUACUUUGCAAGCUUUUGACAGGUGGAAAUAUAGCCUGGGUUGCAGGAGUUUCGUCAGUUGUCACUUUGGUUGCAAUUUCCUUUGAAAGAUAUUACUCAGUAUUAUAUCCCAUUGCCAGAGAAAAGAAUCUUUCACGGCGCAAACUGAAGGCAAGUCUAUGCAUCAACCCAAAUAAAACCAACGGACUAUUAAAAAUGUCCAAAAUCUCACUUCCAGUCCUAUUCAAAAUGCACGUCCGUCAAUUUUGCCACCGGUCCAUCUAACUGCCAAUCACUUAGUAAAGAGCUUAGAAUAACUCUGAACUCACCAUAGUCAUUGUGAAAAUAAAAUUUCACAAAAUUUAGAAACCCCUUUUUAAACUUUCUUUUUCAGAUAAUAGUUCUUGGCGCUUGGGUGUUCUCUGCAUUUUUCAACAUACCAUUGUUCUUGGCUAGGACUUUCGACAAGGAGAAAACCAGCAAAAACUGUGUUCAGAGUUGGCCUGAUCAUGAGAAGUGGAUGUCCACGGCUUAUUCUUUGGCGUGGUUGGUUUUGGUUGUCGUUUCUGUGGGAAUAAUGGUUGUCCUUUAUUCUAUUAUCGUGUGCACAUUGUGGUUCGAAUGCGAUGGAAACAAAGGAAUCAACUAUCAGCAAAAAGUAAGCGUUUAAAUAAGGGAAAAUUAAACACAGGAAGACUUAGGGAAACAAUUCUUGUGGCUAAAAUUAGAAAGUAUUCUUUCUAAAUGACAACUGAACCUUUAGUUGAAAAAGUCUCCUCUAAGGUAAUAUCUUAAAAAGGUUUUUGGUAAUUCAACGUGGUAUAUAUCCUUGUAGUGAAGAAGAGUCAAUUUUUUCAUAAUAAAUUUAACAGCAUACUUCACUACAUUCUCUUAGCUGAUUGGGAUCCUUUCCCUUCUCUCAACUCACAGGGCGUCAUAAAGGUUCGGAAACGUGUUACCUUGAUGGCUAUGGCAGUCAGUUUCAUCUUUGCAGUUUCCUGGGGAGCAGAAUCAGUUGAAUACGUCUUGAGGACUCUUACAACUCUCAACAUUAGCUUUGAACAUAUUGCAGCUGUUGAUAUGAUGGUGUUGUUCAAUUCAGCAGUCAACCCAUUCGUGUAUGCCCUCUUGAACCAUCAGUUCAGACAGAACAUCAAGAGAUUGAUUUGGUGUAGUGAUACACCAGCACCCAGGACUGGAGGAAAGGAAAUUACAAACCGAAGUUCUGAUCAUGAACACACUACUGAAAUAUGA